AUGCUCGACACAGGAGCGCACCGGCCGCCAUCCAGCGGUGACCUCCUCCAAGCCCUGGACCCCAAUCUGGGUGACUAUUCCCUAGCCCCUGGACCCUGCAGGACGGUUGGCAGGUCGGCAUGGACAGUAUGUAUCCCCCUCUCCACGCGGUCCCCGUUCCAGCCCAAUGGUUUAACUAGCUUCAGCGGUAGGGAAAAUGAUUUCCGCCGGAGUGGACGCCUGACACUUGUUUCGGUUGUAUUUACCGAGUUCCCCCGGGUAGCAACGGUGACGCCGUUCUCUGCUGCUGGGUCCCGAGAUCGCUGGCUGAUGGAUCCGCCUUGUCGGUUCAAUCAUCAUCGCCAGGGAUAUGCUUUCUUCUUCCGCGAUUCCGCCCCCCUCCCUUUCGCUGACAUUCCUGUAUCACCGACGCCUCACCCUGGUGCGUCAGGCGAAUGGGGGCCCGGCUUCUGCAGAAAGAAGCAGAGUGUAAUGAGCCCAGUCCCAUCUGGGCAGACAAGGGUCUGGGCAACUAUACCAAAAACAGCGGCUCCGGGUGUCCACUCUGACCCAAGGCAGACCAGAUUCAGCCCCCAACGAGGCAAAGCGCUCUCGCCGUCGCUCCGGGACCCUGCUUGGUCCUUCCCAAACAACAUUGCCCUCUCUGCAAGGCCGACCAACUCAAAACAACCCUAA